AUCUCGGGCGAUCAAGUCAUGGCUGGCCAGAGCUUCCCGGCCCUAGUGGUCGGAACCCUCGUCGAAACCUAUCUCUUGCAGCGCACCAUCUUUACAGAGGAGACCUUCCGCGCAAUCUGCUUGGGGGCUCUAGGGGUUAACCUAGCCCUUCUGGGUAUGUGGAAUGUCGUGGUCUGGCCUUUCUUCUUGAACCCGCUACGACAUCUCCCAACCAUUCCGGGGCUGAUGAGCAAUUUGACUAUCCUCUUUGACUCGCCCCGAGGCCGCACCCCGCUACACUGGAUGAAAACAGUUCCCAAUGAUGGUCUUAUCCAUAUGCGGGAUCUCAUCAGCCAUAGUUACCUGGUCGCCACCAACCACCAGGCAUUGCUGGAUAUCAUGAGCACGAAUACCUAUGAUUUCGAAAAGCCCAGGCGUAUGCGCAUCUUUUUGGCUCGAAUCCUCGGGUUCGGGAUGAUUUUGUCAGAGGGUGCCGCGCAUAAGAAACAGCGCAAGGCGCUGACACCGGCCUUUAAUAUCAAGAAUAUCCGAUCCAUGUACUCACUGAUGUGGGACAAAACCAACCAGAUGCUGGAGGAGAUGGAGAAGGAAAUCAAGUUGAACCCGAUGGAAGGAACUGACCCCGCUGAAGAAAUCGGCAAGGUCGAAAUGGGUGUGUGGGGAAGUCGCUUUACUCUCGACAUUAUUGGGCCAGCAGCUAUGGGACGUGAUUUUCGCUCACUGCAGAACAGCGAUAACAGGGUUGCUGAAAGUUUCCUAAACAUCCUGGAGCCCACCCCCGAGAAGGUGGCCUUCCUGGCCAUGAACUUCAUGUUACCACAGUCGAUUGCCCAGCGUAUUCCCUGGAAGAUGAACGAUCUGAUUACCAGUGAAACUAAUUUCCUGAGGGAUCUCUGUAAUGAUAUCGUCCACGAGAAGCGCCAGAUUCUGACGGAAUCCAAAGCCUCCGCACAGGAUCUGGAGGCCGAUAUUCUGGGAACCAUGAUUCUGGGGGGAGACUUUUCGGACAACGAGCUAGUCGACCAGAUGUUGACUUUCUUAGCUGCUGGGCACGAAACAACAGCCGCUGCUCUUACGUGGGCCUGCUAUCUCUUGACCCUGUACCCAGAUGUUCAAGAGCGUCUCCGCGCUGAAAUUCGAGAGCAAAUCCCUUCCGCCAGCAGUCCUGUCACAUAUAGCGACCUGGAGUCCCUUCCUCUGCUUAACGGUGUGUGCCAAGAGGUCCUCCGUCUCUACCCAACAGUGCCUGCAACAAUCCGUGAAGCCAUUCGCGACACCGUAGUCGCUGGGAAGCAUGUCCCCAAGGGAACUAGAAUCAUAUUAUGUCCUUACGCAAUCAAUCGCUGUCCCCUGUUCUGGGGCGAGAACGGCGAGGAAUUCCUGCCGGAGCGCUGGAUCGACACCGACAAGAACGGGAAUCUCGUGCCCAACAACAAUGGUGGUGCAUCGACGAACUUUGCCCAGAUUACUUUUCUUCAUGGUCAGCGAUCCUGUAUUGGAAAGGACUUUGCACGAGCUGAACUGCGCUGUGGAGUUGCCGGUUUGGUGGGUCGUUUUGCAUUUGAGAUGCAGGACCCGAAGCAGGAAAUCCACAUUGCAGGUGCAGUAACUACAAAGCCGGUUGAAGGUAUGCAUCUUAAGAUGCAACGUGUAAGUGGAUGGUAA